ACACAGAUUGUCCCAAUUUUUCAAUUUUCAAGUGCCACUGAAGAUUUUAUCACAACAUCCAGGUAAAGAUACAACAAGAAAACAUAAACGUUUUGCUAAAUUGCCAAUAUAUAGCUUAUAUCAUAGCGCGAACUUCUAACUAAAAGUUGUGGCUGCAAACAAAGGAAUUUCUCAGCAAAACAGUGUAUUAUUAUGUCUGAUCACGAGGAAGAUGAUUGUGAAGUAGUAGAAGAUGAUAUAAGUCAGGAAAACGGAGAUGCAGAGGAAGAGGAAGAGAUAACGUUCCAGAUUAUAGUUGGUGGAUCAUUACGUGGGAAAUGUCUUCUCAAAGAUAGCAAAGGAUACAACUAUACACUCAAGGCAGAAAAGGGAGAGAAGUCUUGGUGGAGGUGUAGUAAAAGAACCAACUACUUUCGAUGUGGAGCUUCUGUGAGCCAAGUUGGGAACACCUUUACUAUUGGAAGAUAUCCCCAUGAACAUCCUCCAGACCCAAAGAUAAAUCCCUGUGAUAGAACCAAAAAACGAAGGUCUUUUAAGAAGGAACUGGAAAGAGAAGUAGAAAAGGCUUUGGGAGACACAUCAAUGAUGACCUGUUCUAGUGUUGAUUCAGACAAUACAGAUGAUUCACCAUUAAAAAUAAAAAUAUCUCCAGUAAAGAAGUUUAAAUCUAAUCCAAAUUCUAAUAACAACUCAGAAAGGGAUAUCCAAGAUGAAUUACUCAAGUUAGAAAAAGAAAGACUGCAAGUAGAUAAGGAUAGACUAAGAGUAGAAAGAGAAAGACUAGAAGUAUCAAAACAAAUACUGGAAGAAAUAAGAAAUCAUAACGGACGAUGUAAUUAUAUGAACCCGUCAGUGACUUCGAUGGUUAUUUGAUAUUUUAUCCUAUUGUUAUCUUGUGUACAAAUGUAUAAUAGUCUUCAUAUCCUAGCAUGAUCAGGGCAGCCUUAAUUUUCAACUUUUGGUUAGCCUAAAGCCAGUGAUAAACUUCUGGUAUUAGAAUGAGAUCAUAACCACAUGGGGAAAAUUAAUAAUACUAGGUAAUAGUUUUAAGCUGUCGGGACUAGCAGAGAUCUUUGGAGUAGAUAAUUAAAAUUGUAAACCUUAUAAAUAAAAUUGAACAGAAAUCAACUCAUCUACUGCUAAAAGGUAAAGAAACAGGAAGGUCAUUUAUAGUUGUAUAAGUUUUGAAAUUCAGCACCUUAGAAAGAAUUGUUUGAAAAAGUCAUUAAUUUAUUCAUCUUAGUGUUUCUGAUUUAUAUUUAUGAUGAAAUUUCUCUUGCAUUGGUCAGAAAUUUUCUUGUUGAUCAGAAUUAAAUUUACACUGAAAUUCAAAAAAGUAUUUUUCUCAAGACUUUUUGAAAAAGGACAAAGCGUAUUUGAUUAGGACAGUUAUUUGAUAUCUACAUAAGAUAAUUGCACCACUUAAUGAUGAAUUACAUGAACAGCUCGGUGAGUAGAUAAUGUGACAAUAUCAUAAGUAACAUGUUCUGUUGUUUAAUAACAUUAUCUUUUUGUGUUCAGCUGAAGUACAAAUUUUGUUUACUGUUUUUGAAUUGAUAGAGAUAUUUAGCAUUCAUACUUUAAACUGUCGUAUAUUACACAUGUAUAUAUGCAUAAGAAUUAUUUGGAUCAUGUAAAAUAUAUUUAUUGCAGAUCACCCUGUCCACAUUAUAAAAUAUAUCUUAACAUGGUGUGCAUAAUGAAAAUAAUAAGUUUUAUUGUAAAGCAGCCACAUAUUUCAUUUUGAAAGUAACCAAAAGUCAAGCUUGCCAUAAGUGCAAACUUCAUUAGUAACACUAACAUCUUUACAUGGAUUUCUAACUUUUCUAUACUGUAAAGGGUUAUUGCAAGAAUAUUGGAGCAUACUAUCCUUCGUAGAAUAAAUAUUGUACUUGCAAACUCAUGAAAUAUAAAAAUUUACUAAGGAAAAUAUAUAUGCAGUAACCCUAUACGCUAAGUGGAGAUAAUUUGAAGAUUUUUUUGUAUAAAGCAUUUUCUUUAUUCGUAAUCUUCAAUGUUUGAUUAUAAUGAACAUGCUAAAUGUAUAUACAUU